AUGUAUUCGACAGAAGUUGGCAGUGCUCGUGAAGCCGGCCAACAAGACGAGCGAAAUGGUCGAGAGAAUGAGCCCUUUCUCCUUCCAGAUGGAACAUUCGCCCACGACGACCUUGAGGCGGCAGUAGCCAUCGAGCCGCACUUUCCUCCAGCAUGCUCAUCGUCACCCUUACCACCAACCGGCAAGCACCACCGCCAGCAUGCCAAUGGCAAGCUGUCCAUUUUUCUCCUCCUCUUCGCACUCUCUGCUGUUGCUCUCACCGCCAUCGUCUUGGGAUUCCCUUCCGCCGCCACUCUCCCAGGAAGGGUCAAAGAGAGCGAUGCUGGCCAUGAUUCCAGGCCCCAUGGCACCGGAUAUGGUGAUGACGCCACAGGUGCGAUGAACCAUGGCAACAGUACCGUCAGCGUCGUCCGAUAUCACGAAACGGUACCUACCGCAGCUCAGCUUAGAAACUCGUCCGAGUAUAUCCUCAGUCCAUCGUGGAACUUUCAUGCCCCUCCCACCACGCGCGAGUAUCAUUGGACAUUCCUCGACGCCGACCUCAACCCGGACGGCGUCUUUCGCCCUAUGAUACUCAUCAACAAUCAGUUCCCCGGCCCCCUUGUCGAGUGUAACGAGGGAGACACGCUUGUCAUCAAGGUGGACAACAAGGCCACCAACGCUACAUCGAUUCACUUCCACGGCUUGUUUCAGAAUGGAACCAACUUCAUGGACGGUACCGUCGGCGUCACCCAGUGCCCCAUCGCCCCGAAUUCCACCUUCACAUAUCGCUUCGACGUCCGCCGACAGUCCGGUACAUACUGGUACCACGCCCACCACAGCGCCCAGGCGUCUGAUGGUCUUGUCGGGCCCGUCGUCGUCCACAGCAACGACGAGCAGAACUUACAGGAGCUACCCUACGCAACGGACAGGGUCGUCAUGGUCCAGGACCAUUAUCACAACUCCACCGCAGAGCUCCUCAUGGAUUACCUGCAGCCCGACAAGGAGAAUGAGGAGCCCGUGCCGGACAACGCCCUCAUCAACGGCCGCGGCGCCCGCAGCUGCCAUGACUUUCCGGGCUACCGCUGCGAUAGUUCGAAUGCGUCCCCAUCCAUAUUUGACCUCGGUGCUGGCGAGCGCCACCGGUUACGCUUCAUCAAUGUCGGCGCCUUUGCUGAGUUUCAGAUUCAAAUUGACGAACAUCCCUUUUAUGUCACCGAGGUGGAUGGCACAGAUGUCCAUCCCGAGCCCUUCCAUCGGCUGAGCAUUAUGCCUGCUCAGCGGUACAGCAUCGUCAUGGAAGCCAACGUCACCACGAGGGAAACAUUUUGGCUGCGAGCUCGAAUGGUGACGGACUGCUUCAGGACGAGCAACAGUCGUCUUAUCCCCGAACUCAAAGCCGUCGUCCGGUACAUCUCGUCGGAAACAGACGUUGUCGAGGCAAAGCCUACGAGCAGGAAGUGGGCCAACGUCACCGAAGUCGUCUGUAGGGACCUCAAUACCACCAACCUCCAUCCCAUCGAGCACCUCACGCCCCCUCCUGCAGACGACUUCGUUGCUCUGCGCGCCAACUUCAAGAUUGGCGCAUGGCGCCUGUCCCGCGGCUUCUUCAACGACUCUACGUGGCAUGCAAACGUCACCCAUCCCUCACUACACCGGUUCCUCGACGCAUCUACCGACUCCCAAACUGUUGCCGAGCCCUUUGGCAUCAACCGUCGGGCCUUUGACCAGCACGGUGAGCUUGUGAUGCAGACGCACGGCAUCCGGACCGUCGACAUAUCCAUCAACGACUUUGACGACGGCGCACACCCAUUUCACCUCCACGGCCACAAGUUCUUCGUCCUUGCCCAGGAGAAGAGCGGAUAUCCCCCUCGCGCCAAAGAUUUUCCCGCCUAUCUCGCGGCGCGUGGUGGUGUGCCAGAGAAUCCGCUCCGCCGAGACACCGUGACGGUUGAGCCGUACGCAUGGGUCAUCAUACGGGUCGUGCUUGACAAUCCCGGACUGUGGGCUCUUCAUUGCCAUAACAUGUGGCACGCCGAGGCUGGCAUGUCGAUGCAGCUACUCGUACGGAGCGAUACUGUCAAGGGCUGGAAGGUUGAUCCGCAGCAGAGAAGCAUGUGCGAACUUGAAGGUGUGUCGACGGGCAUGCGCCCCAACGACGGCAUCUGGUUCGGUUCUUUCUGA